AUGGUCAAAGAAGAGCUAAAACUCAACGUGACUGAAGAAGAGCCAACAGGAGGACAACCAAGAUGUCCUUUUGUCAUGGAUGACAAGUUAGACUGUAAAGGCCUCAAAUACCAGCCCAAGGGAUCUGGCCUUAGUUUGGUGGUCAGGGACCACGCAAAGGUUAUAAGCAGAGGAAUGACAGGAUCAGAGUUGGGCUCCAAGAGGGAUGGCCUGAAGCAAAGACGUACUGGAGCACCUGGCAGAGGCUGCUUUGCCCUGGCCAUUCUGCUGGCAAUUGUGGAGAACAAGCUUGGUCGAUGAAUGCACAUCCUCAGCUCAACUUCCCAGGAGGAAGCAACUGUGUUGCUUAAAAAAGAAGAGGCUGAGGCGGGUAUGGUGUUUUUGUGCAAGGACAAGUCUUGAGACUGUUCCCCUGAGACUAGCUUGGAGCAACUGAGACUUAAAUUGGAUCCUGGGAGAGAUGGUAUCAGUGAAAUAUCACCUCAGUUGGUGUUCACCAUAAACCAAGCCAUGGCAUUGGACAGUGAGACCUACCAGCGGUGUGCCAGAAGCCAGAAGCUGGAUAUCUGCCUUCAGGGCCAUUAUUUCUCUAGUGAACUACACAGUAAUGGGAUUGAAACAGGACACCCCAAGUUUGGCCACAGUAAAGGUGCUCUCAGUUCAGGCUUCCUGCAAGAAAAGGUCUGGAUGAUGCUGGUCACCAGCCUGGUGGCCCUUCAAGGUAUGUUCAGAAGAGCUUUUAGCACCCCAAGAAAUGAGAGUGCUAUACCUUUAACAUCUUGA